CGUAGACUUCCGGUUCGGUGGCCUGACGCGCGCACGGCUGUCUCGAGGGCUCGGGGGUCGUUUUGGUGCGGUGGCCCCGACACCUCAGCCCUCCAGAGUGCCAUGAGGUCGGUUAGUUAUGUGCAGCGCGUGGCGCUGGACUUCAGCGGGAGUCUCUUCCCGCACGCCAUCUGCCUCGGGGACGUGGAUAACGACGCGUUAAAUGAACUAGUAGUGGGAGACACCAGCGGAAAACUGUCUGUGUAUAAGAAUGAUGACAGCCGGCCAUGGCUUACCUGUGCGUGCCAGGGAAUGUUGACUUGCGUUGGGGUCGGAGAUGUCUGUAAUAAAGGAAAGAACCUGGUGGUAGCAGUCAGCGCAGAAGGCUGGCUUCACUUGUUUGACCUGACCAAGGCUCUGGAUGCUUCUGGACACCACGAGACACUUGGAGAGGAGCAGCGACCUGUCUUCAAGCAGCACAUCCCGGCCAACACAAAGGUCAUGCUGAUCAGCGACAUCGAUGGAGAUGGAUGUUAUGAGCUGGUGGUAGGAUACACAGACCGUGUGGUGCGGGCCUUCCGCUGGGAAGAGCUGGCUGAGGGGCCUGAACACCUGGCAGGGCAGUUGGUGUCCCUCAAGAAGUGGAUGCUGGAGGGUCAGGUAGACAGUCUCUCUGUGACCCCGGGGCCUCUGGGUGUGCCUGAGCUGGUUGUGUCGCAGCCAGGGUGUGCUUAUGCAGUACUGUUAUGCACUUGGAACAAGGACACUGCCUCCCCUCCUGCCUCUGAGGAGGCCGCAGGAGACAGUAGGGAGACCCCAGCUGCCCGAGAUGUAGUACUGCACCAGACAUCAGGCCGGAUCCACAAUAAGAACGUUUCCACUCAUCUCAUUGGCAACAUCAAACAAGGUCAUAACCCUGAAGGUGGUGACGCAGGCCUCUUUGCCCUGUGCACCCUAGAUGGGACCCUGAAGCUGAUGCAGGAAGCAGAUAAACUGCUGUGGUCCGUGCAGGUGGACCACCAGCUCUUUGCCCUGGAGAAGCUGGAUGUCACGGGCAAUGGGCUCGAGGAGGUGGUAGCAUGUGCCUGGGACGGACAGACAUAUAUCAUUGAUCACAACCGCACUGUUGUGCGCUUCCAAGUGGAUGAAAAUAUCCGCGCCUUCUGUGCAGGACAGUACGCCUGCAAAGAGGGCCGCAACAGUCCCUGCUUGGUAUAUGUCACUUUCAAUCAGAAGAUCUACGUGUACUGGGAGGUGCAGCUGGAGCGGAUGGAGUCCACUAAUCUUCUGAAGCUGCUGGAGACUGAACCUGAGUAUCACAGUCUACUGCAGGAGCUGGGUGUGGAUCCUGAAGAUCUCCCUGCAGUCUGUACUCUGCUUCACCAGACACUCUACCAUCCGGACCAGCCACUACAGUGUACCCCCUCAAGCUUCCAGGACCCCACCUAGCUAGGCUUGACCACUUAGCUGGUGAAGGAUCCUUCUGAGCCCCCAACUCUGUCCCAAAGUGAUCCAUGAUCUUGGCAGGACGGGAAAUGUACAUUAUAGAAGAGCAGGACUUGGUUCUCAGUGUGGUUGCAUGGUGGCCACCUUGAGAGCCUUUGAUGAAGAGAUUGGUUGUCCCUCUGCUUGUUGCCCCAUGGUCCCCUCUCAUGCUCCCCGCUCUCACUGCAGGAAACAGACUUGUUUGUGAGACAAGGCAGCAAACCUUUGCCAUGAUCCAACACCUGAAAGACUUCAGGCUGAGGAACUGAGGGAGCUUGGAGGUCACGCCCACCCCCACCCUUCUGCUGAGUGCUAACUUUCACAGCAUAGCUCUAGGCAGCUGACACAGCAAUUAUUUCAGGAAUGGCAGAGUGGUUUGUUCAGGACAUCUUUUAGGGUAUUCUCCUGUCUCAUCUUUGUGUUCUUCCAUUUACUGAGGCAACUAGGUCAGGGCUUUCUCAUUUUGUCAUAUUCUCCCCCCACCCCCAUUCAGUUUCUGUUUAGGGGUUUUGUUUUGGUUGUUGGUUUUGUUUUGUAUGUCUGUAUGUGUGCAGAGGUAGAGCUGGGGCUUUCACACGCCAGCCAAGUCCUGUGCUAUUCGGCUGCACCCAGGACCACCGUACUCUAAAGUAUUGUGCUGCUGCCCAAACUUCAGCUGUCUGGAGGAAGACAGACACGUGCAAUGCUGCGCCAAUGUAAUUCCAAUUCUUGGGAGGAAUAUCAUGAGUCCAAGGCUCCAUAGCAAGUUUGAGACCCUCAUGGGUCACAUUUGGAGAUCUUAUCUCAAAUAAAACAAAACAAAAAGGCAUUAACAAUCUGGUGCAGCUUUCCAAUCUGGACUGUAAUUGAGGCCGGCAGCUGGGUCUCUGAGUUCAAGGUAGCCAAACUCUUUGUAGUUUCAGACCAACCAUUGUGUGUGUGUGUGCGUGUGUGUUUGUGUGUGUGUAUGUCUGUCUGUGUGUGUGUAUGUAUGUGCGUGUGAGUGUGCGUGUGUGCACGUGUGUAAUCCAUUUGUGUUUUCUUUGAUCCUUAUUCUGUGUGCUCUAAGUAUUUUUCCAGUUAUAACUAAGAAUCCUUUGUAUUGUGGCUAAAAUGUGUGUGUCCUGUGUGCAGAUCCAUUUACAGAUAUACACACAUGUAGGGGCCAAAAGAGGAUGUCUAGGCUCCUGCUUUCUUUCCUUCCAAUUUACUCCCUUGGGACGGAGUGGUAUCUCAUUGAAUCUGAAGCUUGCUGUUUCAUGUAGCUAGCUGAUCAUUAAGACAAGUAUUAAGACAGAUAUCUACCUGUGUCUGCAUCACACAGUACUAGGGUUGCGAGCAUCUAAACAGCGUGUGUGUGUGUGUGUGUGUGUGUGUGUGUGUGUGUGUGUGUGUCCUGUAUUUAUGACUGUAAGGGUAUCAAAAGCCCUGGAACUGGAGUUAACAGAGAAAUAGGUGUGAGCUGCCAUGUGGGUGCUGAGAAUUGAACCCUUUUACAUGGGUGUUAAGUCUCAGAGUCAGGAUCUCAUGCUCCCAUGGCAAAUGCUCCUCCCCACUAAGCCAUCUCCCCAGCACUUAGGGCUUUUGAACUAAAUGAAUAAAGUAAAAGAAAAUGGA